CCUCACUGGCCUCGCCGCCGCGCAAAGCCGUUACUUUCAAAUUAUCCACGAACGACUGCUGUACUUCAGUGUAGAGAUUUACUACAUUAUUAUAAAUACAGGAUAUCCAAAAAAGUUUUAGUUUCAGUGUGUUUUUGUUAGUGCUAUUUCCAGCUGAAAAGCGAGGAUUUUUUUCGGUAAACUACCUACUGAAACUUAGCGUGCGGGCGGCGGCGCUGCUGGUGCGGGGAUGGUGGUGCGGCCCAAGCGCUAGCCAUGGGGCUGACCACGCGGGGCGCCGCGCUGCUACCGCCGCUACUGCUGCUGCUGCUGGCGCACGCCGCGGCGCAAGCGAUUUUGGACAGUCGAUGCUACUUGAUGAACGGAGGCGCCGUGGAGAGCUUCUACAUCGCGGAGGACACGCCCGUCGGCGCCGUCAUCGGCACCCUUAGCGUGAACGGCGACGCGAGCGUGAACGGCGACAUAACCCUGCGCCUGCAGGAGCGGAACGCGGCGGUGGCGCUAGCCCCCCACAGCAAGAACCUGACGCUGACGCGUGCGCUGGACCGCGAGGAGCGGCUGGGGCCCAGCAGCGUGUACGUGAACGUGCGCUGCGACCGACGACGCACCACCGACCCGAGCUUCGUGAUCCCGGUGUCGGUGCGCGUGUGGGACGUGAACGACAACGCGCCGGCGUGGCAGUGGGCGGGGGGCGCGGGGGGCGCGGGGGGCGGCGCGGGGGGGUACCGCGCGCGCGUGUCGGAGCUGACGGCGGUGGGCGCGCGGCUGGCGGCGGCGCCGGCGCGCGACGACGACCAGCCCGGCCCGCACAGCGUCGUGCACUACUCCGUGCUGCCCGGGCCCUACCAGGAGUACGUGAAGUUCGCGAACGAGCUGGACUCAGUAAUCGUUUUAGCCAAGCCGCUGGACUACGAGACGCUGCGCAACUUCACCGUGACCCUGCGCGCCGAGGACCAGGGGCAGCCGCCCAGACACAACGACACCACACUCGAGGUGGAGGUGACAGAUGCCGACGACCAGAACCCCGCCUUCACGCACGACCACUACACGGCCGUGCUGCCUGAUGAUGCUGUUGAGGGCACGGAGUUGGAGAUAUCCCCUGGGCCGAUCUCCGCGUCGGACCAGGACCUGGGCAUCCGCGCGCCCGUCCGCUACAGCAGCACGGGGGAGCAGCGCGCGCUGCUGCGGCUGCACGCGGACAGCGGGCGCGCCGCCGCCGCCGCGCCGCUGCUGGCCCAGCACGCCCCCGUCACCAUCGUGCUCAAGGCAACGCAAGUGGACAACCCUGACCGCUACGCGUUCGCGACGCUGACCAUCUCCCGCCCCCCGCGCGCCGCCGGCCCCCCGCGCCCCCCGCGCUUCCUGCAGCCCGCGUACAGCGCCGCCGUCCCCGAGGACACGCCCGUCGGCGCCACGCUGCUCACACUGCACACUGAUACUGGGGACACUUCCCCGGCGCUGCAGUUCUACGUGUCCGAACGUUCGUUCCUGGAUCAGUUCGCGAUCAGCGCGCGCGGCGCCGUGCUGCUGCGCCGGGGGCUGGACUACGAGGCGCGCCGCGACUACGCCUUCCACGUCAUGCUCACUGACGGGCGAGCGAACGACACAGCGUCUUUAAACAUCACCGUUUUGAACGUGAACGACUGGGAGCCUCGCUUCCGCUACCCGCAGUACUCGUUCCGCGUGGAGGGGAGCGCGGGGGACGCGGGGGACGAGGCGGGGGGCGCGGGGGGCGCGGGGGCCGGCCUCAUGCCCGUGGGCAAGGUGGACGUGUUCGACGGAGACAAGGACGACUACGUGUCGCUCAGUCUGCGCGGGCCGGAUGCAGGGUUAUUCUACAUGAACGACAUGGGCGAGCUGUUCCUGCGGCGCGAGGCGCUCGGCGCGCUCAACAGCAGCGAGGUGCGCGUGCUGGCCACCGCCACCGACUCUGGCACGCCGCCGCGACAGUCAUCAGUCCCGGUGGUGGUGCAAGUGGCCCCGCGGCUGCUGGCGGCGGGGCGCGGCGCGGGGCGGGCGGCGCCCUCGCUGCUGGCGCUGCUGGCCACGGCGCUGGCCGCGCUGGCGCUGCUGCUGCUCGCGCUGCUGCUCUACAUGUACCGCAGGCGCGGCAAGUCCACGACCAAGGCGGUGUCGCCGUCGCCCGGCUUCGUGCAGCACGAGAAGUUCCCCGCGGCCCCCCCGUCCCCGCGCCCCCCGCCGUCCCCGCGCGCGCCCCCGUCCCCCGCGCCCCCCGCGCCCUCCGGCUCGCUGCUCAGCGUGUCCGCCGGCGCCAGCACCAUCCUCGCCAACUCCACCAGUAGUCUGAAUCUGAGGGAUGUCGGGGACAAGGGGAAUGGGAAUGGAAGUGCCAACUCCGGCGGCGGGAACGGUCGCCAAUCGCAGCGCUUCCCGAAGAGCCGCGUGGCCCCCGCGCCCCCCGCCGCGGCCCCGCCCCCCGGCUCGCCCCCCGCUGUGGACGUGGCGCUGAUGUCGGACCACCUGGCGCCGGGCGGCGGGCGCAGCGGCGUGGCCUGGCCCGCCGCCACCAUCCCCGCCAGGGUCAAGAAGCUCAGCUGGGACGACACCAUGCGCCACGUGAGCCCGCCCACAGACGUGCUGGACGCCACCAACCCCGCGCUGCAGGAGCACAUGAACCUCACCGUGUACUUCUGACCGCCCGGGGCCGCGGGGGGCGCGGGGGGCGCGGGGGACACUGCCGCCCCCACUACAGA